AUGGAUACCUUGAAUGCCAUAGCACUCGCCGGUCCUAUUUUGUAUUUUCUCCUAGUGGCUCUUAGUUUCUAUCUCAUAUUUCGGGACAUUAAAGCUCAUGCGCGUAGCCCUCGUCGACCAGUUCAUUGGUUGUACGGCGCUUUGGUUGUCAUUUCUUUCGUGCACACGUUUACAUGGAUACUUGCACAUUUCAAACAAUCUCAAUUACACAAUAGUCGGCUCAGAUCUCGACCGUCUGUCUUACUGGCUAUCCCAUACGUCCAUAUUCAAGGAAAUUUGGGUGUAAAUCUGGAUAUCAAGGAGCAUUCCACCACUGGUGGCUGGAGAAUCUUUGCAUUUUUACAGCUGGAGCAUGGACCGUUUUCCUUGUUUCGGAAGGCAAGUCGAAAGAGGAAAGGUCUCGCAAACCUCUGGGCUUACAUGUUCAUAGCAGAGUUUGUUGCUGUUUCUACGGCUUCGGCUUUGUUCUAUCUCGCCGUUUCCCUGCGCACGCCAAAGCCUCAUCCUAUACCAUCCAAGAAAAAGGACGACGAUAUUAAUGCGACGUUACCACCGGACCAAGAAGCGUUAGCUCCAGCUAUGCUGACGAUUCCCGUUUUGCUGGCUCUCUUCGCCAUCUCGACGACGCCGUCUCCUGAGUCGCCGGAGUUUAUCACCAAUAUACUAAUCAUACACCUUCUCCUUUUCAUACCGGUGCUCCCAUCUCCAGUAUGGACGACGAAGCCACGUUUCUUGAACAUCCCAUCAUCCACUGUCUUCUUUGCAACCACGGCACUAGCGCUUGUUUUGCGACUUCAAUCCACACUCUCAACCGCAGUAAUGCUUGAGAACGUUAGCAUAAUGGAAUUUCUCGAAUCUGCGAUUGGUGUUCUUCACACCUCGCCGGCGAUGGCAACGUUCGGAUGGGACACCAUCUGGACUACGGUUGCCUUUUUGGUGUGGCAUAUUUUUGGAGAUGGAAGUACCUCACCAAAUGUGCAAAUGUUCAUCCCGAUGGCCACUUCCACUGUCGCGCUCGGAGUCUCAUUUUCUGCGCCUUUGGCUCUUGGUAAUGUGGUCAAUGAGAUACUGUCAAAAGAAGACAUCAAGGAGGACCAGAAUCUACCCACUUCAUAG